UGCUUUUUUCUUUGAGAUAAACAGAACCAAAAAAAAAAUAUACAACGUGCGUACAUCGCUUUAAGUUCUGUUAAAUUUGUUUUUCGACUUUUUGAUAAAAAAUUUCAGUUAUAAAAUAUUUUUUCACGUAUUGCUUACUUUAAUUGCAUAUCAUUAAUAUUGAGUACAAUGAGGUUAAAAUCUUACAAGUAAAUAAAACGUGACCUUGUACUUUCUGUGUUUAUGUCUGCGGGGGAGUAUUUUUAAUAAUUUCGUAAUGAUAUAGUGUCAUUUAAACAGUUUUACCAUGGAGUCUGUAAGUCCAGUAAAAAAAAAUAAAAGUCCACUAGGAGCUCUCCUGAAUGCCAAAACAUCUAUAACCUGCACGAAUGUACCGGACAGCCUUUUCGAUGCUGCAGCAGCAAAGAAACAUUUUUGUAAAUUUGGUCGUGUUCAAAAGAUUCGUCUGUUCCCAAAGAAACACAUGUGCAUUAUAGAAUAUGAUCAGCCAAGUUCAACAGAACGGGCCUUGCUUAAUGCAGGUGCAUAUGAGGGCAAUAUGUUUGAUGUGACUCGAACAAAGGCAAGAGUGAGACGUAAAAGUAAAAAGGAUGAUGAUCCCGACUGGAUGCCAGAUUCUGAUGUGGAAGAGGAGUUAGCUGCUAUGGGAGGAGCUCCUACUUACAGAGUCACUAGACAAAAACCUAUGGAAUUAGAAGCAGAAAUAAAAAUAGUCAAACCAAUAAGAAUGGUAUCAAAACAUUCACCUAUAAGAAAGAAAAUUCCUGCGAGAGAAAAAAUACCUGCCCCGUCUCAAGUCACUGGUGUAGAGUCACCAGUGGUUGUACCAGCGACUCAAACCAGUAUGAGCACAGUAGAGGCAGCUGCUGAAUUACACCAGCUCCGAUCCAAGGUGUCCUCCACUCCUGAUGAGCAAUGGAGAAUAUUGGACGCUAGAGAUAGGAUUUUAAGGGCAUGGGGAGGUGCAGGUUCACGCGUUAAAGUUGGAGGUGCUACGAUUGGAACAUGUCCAGAUAUGUGCCCUGAAAAAGAAUUGCUGCAUAGGCAAGCUGAGCAUCAGGUGAUGACACUAGAGUCGGUGCCAGGGUCUGACGGCCAGCUGGAGCUACGGCGUGCCGUGAAACAGUACAGUCGCAGUUCCGCUGAUCAGGAAAUACCAAUGUGUUAUGAAUUGCGACCCGCGCCCGUACUCAUGCGCACAUGUGCAUACCUUUUGCAUGAAAUAGCUGAUACCAAACGUCAAGUAACUUUGGCUGAUUGGUUUCAUUUCAUGUGGGACCGAUUUCGUGGGAUUCGGAAGGAUAUAACACAACAGGCUUUAUGUUGUUCUGAAUCAAUUCAACUAGUAGAAAUGUGCGCCCGGUUCCACGCACAUUGUGCGGCUCGUCUUGCAGACUUGGAGCACACUCAGUUUGAUCAAAAGUUGAAUACGGAUAACCUUACUAAGUGCCUUCAAACCCUUAAACACAUGUAUACUGAUGUUGGAUCUGAAGAAAAGCCUAGAGAAGCAGAAUUCAGAGGUUACAUAGCUUUGCUCAAUCUAGGAGAUGCAAACUUUUGGUGGGAGAUUAAGCAAUUACCACAAGAAAUACAGAAAUCUGAAGACAUAAUAUUUGCCAUUAAAAUAUUUAAUGCAUUAGAUAAUAACAAUUAUGUGAAGUUUUUCCGGCUUGUUAAACAGCAAGCUACAUAUCUGCAAGCUUGUAUUCUAUUACGAUAUUUCAACGAUGUCCGAGCACGGGCGCUGGCAAGGAUCGUAAAAGCUUACGCACCCAGAGGCGGUUCUCGUUACCCUGCCCAGGACUUAAUGGACGCAUUAGCUUUCGAGUCUGUUGAAAAUAUGAAAUCUUUUAUCAAUCAUUACGGAUUAAGGUUUGCUAAAGAUCAGUACGAACUUUCCGUUAUUCUAGAUAGAAAUCAAUUCAUAGAUGAUAGCGACCCCUAUCCUAUUUCAAGAGCUAUAAAACUUAUUGAGUCCAAACGACAACAAUCGGUUGGUGAGAUAAUAGCAGGGGGGAAAAUGCCAGAGUUUCAAUUAAAUGCACACAGCCUUUAUACAAGCUUCACUAGCGAUGGAAAAUUAAAAGAGUCUGCUCUUACUGCUGAAGACUAUGGAUACAACACAAUAAAUGAUAGUAAUAAAGAUGUUCGAGCAUUAAAAGCUGAAAUUCAGAGACUGUCACAAGGUGGUCGAGGAUUUUCAGACAAAAUACAAGAAAAAUGUAGUAAUAGAACUAAACCAGAAAUAGUGUCAUUCAAUUCUAAUGUUGUUACUAACAAUAUUAAUGACAAAUUGGACAAUGCCUGUUUAUUUCUAUUCAAACCAGCUAUACCUGUUGCGCCAAUCGAAAUUAUUGAAAAUGCAUCUGGUAAAUUAUUUGUAGAUAAUGAUAAAAGUAAAUUCGUGUUUUCUCCACCUCAAAAACCUUUAUGUCCUAUAUUUGGCGAAAAAUUGAACAAAAAAGACAAUUCAAAUAAACAAGCAGUCGAUUGGCAUAAUGUAUCCAAAACAGAUGAAACUGAUUCAGCUAAAUCUGUAUUCACUCGAUUUAAUGUGGAACCUAAAGGAAUUGUAAAUAUAUUUAGUAAAGCGAAAGAUACAUUGAUAUCUAGUAAACCGGAUAGUACCGUAAAAUCUGGAAAUAUGGGUAAUAUAUUUAACAAAUCUGCUACAUCACAAGAAAUACAAAAUCCAUCAAAUAUAUUUGGUAACUUUGGUAAAACAUCGUCAUUGAAACUAGAAACGAAUAUUUUUUCAAAAUCUUAUACUGACCAUAAUAAAACAGACGUUGUUGACAAAACAUUACCAGGUAGUUUAUUCAAAAGCGCAUGCAAGCCAUUGAAUGGUCCAGAAACUAAGGCCUACUCAAUAUUUCAAAGUAAGAAUAAAGAUCAUUCCAUCGCAGCUAACAUAUUUAAAUCUGUGAACGCGGUCACAUUUAAUAAUGUUUAUGAUUUUAAUCAGAGUGAGGAUUCACAGAAAUUAGAAGAGCAACGUAAACAUGAAGAGAAGAUUAGAGAAGAAGAAAGACAAUUACAAGAAAAAUUAAGAAAAGAAGAAAUCAGGAUUCAACAAGAAAGACAAAAGGAAGAGGAAAGGAAAAAAGAAGAAGAUAGAAAACGACAGGAAGAGAAACGUAGGAAAGAAGAGGAAAUAAGACAAGAAGAAUUAAGAAAAAAACUAGAAGAAGAAAAGAAGGCUGCACUGCAAGCAGCAAAGCUAAAAGAAGAAGAAAGGAUAAAGAAAUUCAAAGAAAGAGUUGACAAAAAGUCAGCAGAAUUAAUUGAGGAACUUCUAAAUGAAGUUAAUGGUGAAACUAUUAGAAGUUUAAUUAAAGAAGAAAUUGAUAAGAUGAAACAAUUGAUGUCACAUACAAACAUGGUAACUGAGGAAAUAGUUACUGAAGUAUGUAAAGAAAUUUGUCUUGCAGAAGUGACUGCUGAAAAAUUCCGGACAGAUAAAUUAUUGAGGAAAUGGUACAAUAUUUGGAAGAAACAAAUUAUUAGGAAUAUAAAAAGAAGACAUUUACUUGAAGAUACACCAGUAUGGUUAGUUGAAAAUACACCUAUCGAAAAAGCAUCUUAUUUGAGACGUAGCAUAGAGAAUGCUGCAUUGAAACAUAUGAAUGCAAUUCAUAGGGGAUAUAAAUUUAGUGGCGAGCUCAAACUACUACCAGCACCUGAACCAUAUAAUAUUAUGGAAAUAAUAAAAUCUCCUUUAUUAAAAAGGAUGAAACAAAUUAACUAUCCAUAUGACAAAUGUUUUUUUUGGAAAGCUACUAUUGUAUUGCCAACAUCAAAGAAAUGGUUAUGUAGGAAAAUUGAUAUUGAAAAAUGGAUUUUAGAUGCUUUUAGUGAUAAAAUGGAACAUGAGAUUUCAAAUACUUUAAUACAUGUUAAAAAACAGUCAUGGAAUAAUUUAAUGGAUUUUGCCGUGUCGGUUAGUUUGAUAAAUAAGGAGAGAUAUGAUUAUAGCGAAGGACUGGAAGGUACUAAUGGUUUGAUAUUUUACUUUUCUGAAUAUGAAACAAAUUUUUCUGAAACAAUACAAAACACAUUAAAACAUAAAUAUCCAUAUCAGGUCAUUCCUGUCGCUGUAAUAUUGCCAAAAGUGAGCGAUGAGUUUUAUAAAAUCAUAGAACAAUUACUUACAAGUUACCAAAAUAACAAAGUAAUUUCAACAUUCAAGAUUUUUAUUAUAGACACACAAAAUGUUUUCGAAUCUUUAAAUGCUUGCACUAAAAGCUCAUUAAAAUGGAUGGCUAAAAAUUGUCCACAAAAUCCAGCCCAUGAAAUAGAUUUUCUAAAAUCUAUAUGUGAAAGAUACUUAGGGAAUGAGGUAUGGUAUAGACUGAAAUCAGAAGGAGAUAGUCGAAUUCGUAUUGUACUGAAAGAUUUACAAAAGCUUGUUGAAUGUUACAAUGUUGCUGUUGACAAAUUAACAGAAAUUAUUACAAAUGAAGAUUUAUUUAAUUAUCCUUCAUUCCCCUUAGAAUUCAAAAAAUAUUUAAAUAGUACAUCACCUUAUCCCAAACCUUACGAAUUCAUUCCAAGUAAUGCAAAGAAUGCUGAAAAUAUAUCAAAGAUUAAAGACUUAAUGAAACAACUGAAAUUGCCAUAUCCAGUAUCAGAAUUUCAUCCGUUGAAUGUAACGAAUAUGCAACAGCAAAUCAGGAAAUAUUGCAAUCAGAUUGGUUGGUUCGAAAAUCCGGAAGAGGUUGUUUGUAAAGUUGUUGCUGUCUUGCCAAAUGAAUUUUCCGACUUGAAUAUGCCUAGGGAAGAGUUUACUCGAUAUUUUUCCCAUUAUGAUCUUGUGGAUGUUUUAAAUGUGAUAGUAUAUGAAAAAAUAAAUAGGCUAAAUAACUUUUGUAACACAUUCGCAGUUUAUGAAAAACCAGUAUUAGAUGAGUAUCGCCACCUUCACUGGAUAUUUGAAAUUGGGGUUUUAUGUAAAAUGAAACAUAAGGCUAUUGAGUAUGAAGAUGAGUUAGAUGCUUUCAUUGAAUCAAAACGACGUAAAAUAGCUUUGGAUUCGAUGGAGUAUCUUAAAUUGGAAGAUAAAGAUUCCACUUUGGUCGAUGAAAAUAUCAAAGCAACAGAAGAAAGCAUAUCCAAAUAUAAUAGUUGUGAAGAAGCAGUAAAACAAUUAGAAAGACAAAUUGAAGAAGAGAAAAAGAAAUCUAUAGAAUUAGAAAAUUUACUAAGAAUUGCUCUUUCUGAUGUGUAAUGAGAUAGUAUAAUGUUUUUUUACGUCUAAACUUAUCUAAUUAAUUUGUUAUUAAUUAAGAAUAAAAUUCAUUUUGUAUUAUUUUAAUAAAACUAAUUUUUUA